GGACCAUUGAUGUUCAGUGAUGUGUCCAUAGACUUCUCUCAGGAGGAGUGGGGAUUCCUGGACCCUACUCAGAGGGACUUGUACAGAGAUGUGAUGUUGGAGAACUACAGCAAUCUGGUUUCAAUGGGUAAGGGAAACUAUACCAGUAAUUCAUAGUCCUCUCUCUGGAAUGUUGGCUUCUUCCACAGUGAAUUUCUCAGCUGCUUUUCAAGUUACCAGCUGAAAUUAUGCUCCCUGUUUCCAAUAAAUGGCUUAAGUUGGAAUGAAAAAGAAGAGCAGGAAAUGACAAUACAAAUAAGCUAUGGCUGAACUUCAUCUUCAUCUUUCCUUGGCCGUUCUUGUAGUGGCAUUGCUCCCUUGAUCAUCAAGGGACUGGAUCUGAUUUCUGGGAUACCCACAGCAUAACCAUGUUCCAUCUUUUCUCGUGAGCAGGACUUUACAUUCCUAAGCCUCAAGUGAUCUCCUUAUUGGAACAAGGGAAAGAACCUUGGAUGGUUGGCAAGGAGCUGACACGAGGCCUGUGUUCAGACCUCAAGUCUACAAAUGUUAUCAGAUCUGCUGGGAUACUAUUCAAGAACAGAAUUUUCUUUGAGUUUUGGUCCAGAAGAAACAAGAGCACCAAAAUUUAUGUGCUAUGCUGCUUACAGAAUCAAACUGAUUACACAUUGACUGAAUGCUUCUUCAAUGAAACUUUUUACAGCAUGCUUAAAAUAAGUCAAAACAGUGUUCCAACCACCUGAUUUCAAACCAAGUAGAUUUUGGUUAGAAACACUAAGAAAAAAGUUUCAUCUAUAAGUAAUUGACGGAACAAAACACCAUGGCACCAACCCAGAAAGAAGUAAAAAAAUAUUUUGAGGACAAAAAUACAAAAUUUAGUUAGCUUCACUGUUCUCAGCUGCUUAAAUCCCACAGAAUUUGAUAAAAAGAUGCCUGCUCUUCAUAGCCUAUAUUUCUUGUUUUUUCCCAUUGAGUGUUUUGGUAUUGCAUUAUGAAUAGCAUUCUGCUUCACUGUGAGCACCUGAAUACCCUGAACAGCUAUCAUUCUGAGCAGUCUCUUCAUUUAUCCUAUCAAAUAAUGGUGAAAGGAAUACCAGUGAGAAGAAUAGAUGAAGUCAGAACACUAUCUCCUGCAUCUCGAGCUUCAAUACUCUGUUUAUUUUGUCACCAUCUGCCAAUAAAAAGGGUACCAGAUUCACUUGACCUUAAAAGAAAAUUGGGACCAGGAUCCACUCCCCUCAUCCCUCAAGGGUAUAAGAUCUUGAAUCAAUGUGUGAAACCAAGUUAUUAUCUCUAAAGAAGGAAGUUUAUGAAAUAGAAUCAUGCCAAAGGGAGAUUGUGGGACUUCCAAGGCACAGCUUUGAGUACUCCAAUUUCAGAGAUGUUUUGGAAUAUAGAAGCCACUUUGAAAGACAAUUGGAAUACAAAAAUGGGCAUUUCAGUCAAGAAAUAUUCACUCAUGAAUACAUGCCCACAUAUAUUCAACACUCUUUUCUUACUCUACAUCAAAUAAUUAAUAAUGAAGAGAAACACUAUGAAUGUAAGAAAUGUGGAAAGGCUUUUAGUCAGAACUCACAAUUUAUUCAACAUCAGAAAAUUCAUAUUGGUGAAAAAUCUUAUGAAUGUAAGGAGUGUGGGAAAUUCUUCAGUUGUGGCUCACAUGUUACUCGACAUCUGAAAAUUCAUACUGGGGAAAAACCCUUUGAAUGUAAGGAAUGUGGAAAAGCCUUCAGUUGUAGCUCAUAUCUUUCUCAACAUCAAAGAAUUCAUACUGGUAAGAAACCCUAUGAAUGUAAAGAAUGUGGGAAGGCAUUUAAUUAUUGCUCAAAUCUUAUUGACCAUCAAAGAAUUCACACUGGUGAAAAACCCUAUGAAUGUAAAGUAUGUGGAAAAGCCUUUACUAAGAGCUCACAACUUUUUCAACAUGUGAGAAUUCAUACAGGUGAGAAACCCUAUGAAUGUAAGGAAUGUGGCAAAGCCUUUACUCAGAGCUCAAAGCUUGUUCAGCAUCAGAGAAUUCAUACUGGUGAGAAACCCUAUGAAUGCAAAGAAUGUGGCAAAGCCUUUAGUAGUGGGUCAGCACUUACUAAUCAUCAGAGAAUUCACACUGGUGAGAAACCCUACGAUUGUAAGGAAUGUGGGAAAGCUUUUACUCAGAGCUCACAACUUCGUCAACAUCAGAGAAUUCAUGCUGGUGAGAAACCCUUUGAGUGUCUUGAAUGUGGGAAGGCCUUCACUCAGAAUUCACAACUUUUUCAACAUCAGAGAAUUCAUACAGAUGAAAAACCAUAUGAAUGUAAUGAAUGUGGAAAGGCCUUUAAUAAAUGCUCAAACCUUACUCGACAUCUCAGAAUUCAUACUGGUGAAAAACCAUUUAACUGUAAGGAAUGUGGGAAAGCAUUUAGUAGUGGCUCAGACCUCAUUCGUCAUCAGGGAGUUCAUACUGAUGAGUAGUAAAAAUUAAAAUUCUUAUCAGCUUCCUAAUAUUUUAAAUAAAAUAUUCAUGUUUGAUGGUUACCCCCUUUCAAUAUUUUUGAAUUGCUUUAUAAUUUUAUUUUAUAUUCAAGUUUUAAUACCAAUGUAUUGCAUUUUAAAAUGUGAAUCAGUGUCUAAGUGAACAUUGUCCCUCUUCUCCCACCCCUGAAAAAUGUUAUCCCAACAUGUUAUUCCAUAAUUCCUUCCCCACUGCUUUAUUCAACCUUCUUGGUGAUAAGUUAUAUUCUUGUUUAUAUUUGCUUGUGUUUUAGGGCUUUGUUUUCUUUUACCUAUAUAUUUUUGCUUGAGCCAAUACCAUCCUGUUUAAAUCAUGUUAACAUUAAUAUUUUAAAAUUCCUAGUGGAAUUAGAACUUUGUUUUAGAGGCCAGUGGUAUCUUUUUUGUUUCAUUUCACGAAUUUAUGCUUUCUUAUAAAACAGAAAAUCAGAACAUGUUAAAAAAAAAAAAAGCAAGGAGUACUUGUAAACAUACCAACUAGAGAUGAGAACUCU